AUGUCGAACGUACGAGCGGACAAGCAAAUAGCACACGAAAGGCGCCGUGCUGGCGAGGUGGCACUCAGUGACUUUGCCGACUACGUUGAGAAGCAGACUCGACUACGGAAACCAGGUGGCGAUAUAACACACAAUGACGAGCAUGACGAGUUGAGCAUUCUUGAGACAUUGGGUCUCUCUGAUGAUACUCAACCUAGUGUAGGAAUGAGGGAUCUUCUUCUUGGCCCCCAGGAGGAGAAUGGUCCCAAGCUCAAAGAGCUCAUAGCUUCUAGAAUUGCAGAAGGCCGAGGAGAGACUUUGUUCGACGUAGGGCUUGAUAACACAACUGAAGAGCCUAUGGGCUUUACUAAAGAAGAGUAUGAGCUUGCGAUGAAAUCAGUAAAAGCCGCUGUCUUAGAGCUCAAAGCAUCUAUAACAGUAUUGAUUACACAUAAUUUGGGGCUUGAUGGAGAAGAACCAUCAGACGACAAGGGUGCUAGCUCAAUGCUACUAAUACGAAAACAGCCAGAGUCACUAGAGGACUUGCUCGAAAUUAGAGUGGCAGUGGUUGGAAAUGUCGACGCCGGAAAAUCUACCAUGUUAGGUGUAUUGACCAAAAACACCCUAGAUGAUGGACGAGGGCGAACUCGUGUAAAUCUAUUCAGACACAAACAUGAGAUCGAGUCUGGCCGAACCAGCUCCGUUGGGAUGGAGAUUCUUGGUUAUGACUCGGAAUCAAACAUAAUCGGCAGCAAUGAUCCGGGUCGAAAGCUCAAAUGGGAGGAGAUUGGUAACCGCUCUGCCAAAGUGAUAUCCUUCACUGAUCUUGCUGGUCAUGAACGGUACUUGCGAACCACCGUUUUCGGUCUACUAGGAACUUCUCCGGACUAUGUUAUGCUUAUGGUUGCUGCAAAUAACGGUCUUAUUGGCAUGUCCCGCGAGCAUCUUGGUAUUGCACUGGCAUUAAAUGUCCCCGUCCUCGUGGUGGUAACCAAGAUCGACAUCUGCCCCCCACAAAUUCUCGAGCAGACUAUGACUCAGAUCACAAAAAUCUUGAAAUCUCCAGGUGCACGCAAAAUUCCUAUAUUCAUAAAAAGCAAGACGGAUGUUGUCAACACCGCCAAACAGUUUGUCAGCGAACGUAUUUGCCCGGUCUUCCAGGUAUCUAAUGUUACUGGUCAAGGGUUGGAUUAUAUCAGAACGUUUCUGAACAUCUUGCCGUUUCACGGAAAAUUCGACUCAAAGUCGUCGUUCGAGUUCCAUGUCAAUGACUGUUUCUCUGUGCCCUUUGUAGGAACAGUGGUUUCUGGUGUCGUUAAGAGCGGCGUGAUUCACGCUGGCGAUCCAAUUCAAUUAGGGCCGGACAGCUUGGGAAACUUUAUACAAACAACUGUCAGAUCUAUCGAACGGAAACGGAUAGCUGUUCCCGUCUGCUCUGCGGGUCAAAGCGCUUCAUUUGCACUCAAGAAAGUCAGACGCCGUGAAGUUAGGAAAGGGAUGGUUGUAUUGCCUCGAUCUGAAGUCCCUCCCAAAGCACAUAUGCGCUUUGUUGCCGAAGUCUUGAUCUUGUCCCAUGCAACUACUAUCAAGCCAAAAUACCAGGCCAUGCUACACGUCGGUCCCGUCAGCCAGACCUGCCGUAUUAUUGACAUAGAUCGCGAUCUUAUGCGUACUGGUGACAGGGCUAUUGUCGCUUUUGAAUUCUGUCAGAGACCGGAAUUUCUCUGUGUUGGUGACAAGCUUCUCUUCCGUGAGGGUCGGACCAAAGGGCUAGGUAUAGUUAAGUCCUUAGACUAUGAUAGUACAGUCCCUUUGGUUAAAGAAACCUGA